GCUGGUCCAAAGAAACAGAAGAGCGCACUGUGUUGGUAGUGAAGAAGGCAUCUGCUCUACCAGAAGAAAGGAGGAAGAAAAGGAAAGAAAAGAAAACAAUGGCUACAAGUUUUUACGACCUCACGGCCAAACUGUUGACCGGGGAGACGUUUAAUUUCUCUUCCCUAAAGGGCAAAGUCGUCCUCAUUGAGAAUGUCGCUUCUCUCUGAGGUACGACCGUCAGGGAUUACACCCAGAUGAACGAGCUCCACGAGCGGUACGCCAGCAAGGGGCUUGUGAUCUUGGGAGUACCCUGCAACCAGUUCGGCCAUCAGGAGAACUGCAAGAAUGAAGAGAUCCUCCUGUCGCUGAAGUAUGUCCGUCCUGGAAAUGGCUUCGAGCCCAAGUUUCAGCUCUUUGAGAAGAUGGACGUGAACGGGAAGGACGCCCACCUCCUGUUUGCGUUCCUGAAGGACAAGCUUCCAACACCCAGCGACGACGCAACGUCUCUGAUGACCGACCCCAAGCUGAUCAUCUGGAGCCCGGUGUGCAGGAACGACGUGUCCUGGAACUUCGAGAAGUUCCUCAUCGGGCCGGACGGUGUGCCGUUCAAGCGUUACAGCCGGAGGUUCCUCACCAUCGACAUCGAGGGAGACAUCAAGAAGCUCCUCAGCCAGACGAAUUAAAACCUCGUCCUAAAUGCUGAAGCAGCCUGCAGCUUAGCACUAUGUGUGUGUAGCCUUCAUAACGAGAGAAACACCACUGCGCUUACAGCUUCAAUAGAUGCCACCUAAACUCACCACCUGUGCUCUCCUGUACGCAGUAGCUGUCUCCUGCUUUCUUUUUUUUUACUAAAUGAAGAAAUCCUCUGAAACCAAACUGUGAGGAGGAUAUCUGAUGAAAUGUAAAAGGCAGGACUGUUUUAUCGCUUCAAAGCUGCGCUGGGUGCAUGUAAAGCACAGCUGUGGUGUCAAGUUUAAAGGGGAUCAAUAAAUAUAUUUUUUGCAAACA